GUGUAGACACUCUCACUCACAACCAUAAAGCAAUAGAACAAAAACAGAGCACCCUCUCUCUCUGCCUCUCUCUUAUCAACAAGAAGCUUCCGUUGUUUUCUCCUAAAACCCCCUUUGUCACUCUCUCCCUCUCUAACUUUCUCUCACUAAAAAGCUCAAAGCUUUUGGGUUCGGUGGGGCUGAAAUGAAAAUGGCGGAAAAUGGUGCGUUCGAGGGGGAUCAUUUGGCGGUAACAGAGGGCCCUGGUUUCUCUCAGCUACUCUUCCCGGCUGACGAAGUCGUGAACCUUGCCGUGGACUCCGACCAGACCUUUAACUACACCCGCCCGUCUACUUAUCCCACCCAGAUUAAGCCACCCAAAAUCCUCUGCUUCGGAAACUACGACCAAACCCACGGAAACGGCGUGGAAAUUGGGUUUUUGGAAACCGCCAAGAAAUCGGCCGCCGCAUGCAGCGAGUCCUCAUCCGUUUCUUCCACCGGCACCGCCAGCAUCAACGCCUUGCCCAAGUCCAACAAUAAAAGGCAAAGGGGUUCGGCUCCGAUCAGCAGCACAGCUACUCCUCCAAUCCAGAGAGCCGCUAAAAGGGCGAAAUCCGAGAAUCCCACAUCGGCCGGCAACGGAAAGGUCCGACCCUUCAACAAAAACAGAACUCCAAAAAAGGAAAGAGAAGCUUGGAGAACGAAUCACAGCGCUGCAGCAGCUCGUUUCACCAUACGGCAAGACGGACACGGCAUCGGUGCUUCACGAAGCGAUGGGAUACAUCAGAUUUCUGCAGGAACAGGUUCAGGUGCUGUGCUCGCCUUACCUUCAACGCCUGCCUCCUUUACCUGUUCAUGGUGGAGAGGUGAAACAAGAAGGAAGAAGAAGCGAGCUGAGGAGCCAAGGACUAUGCCUGGUCCCAAUGGAGUACACAACGCAUGCGGGGAACAGCAACGGUGCGGACUUUUGGUCACCGGCCAUGGCCAACAUUUAUGAUGUGUCAUCUCCAUCAACCAAAUAUUGAAUGGAAGACUAGUAGAAACUAGAAAGAAACAAGUAUGUAUAGCUUAUGCUAGUUAAGCUAGUCGGUAACUUGUCUUUUGUACAUGGUCGGUGGCCUAGUGAGAGUGAGAGUGCUCGUUUUGGUAUUUUACAGGCCUAUGAUAUGACAUGUUAAGUUUUGAGUAGAAAGAUGAAAAGGAGAAAGACACAGGAAGAAGAGGAAAAGAGAAAAGGGGGGAAGCAGGGAAAUUGAAAAAUCACAUGGAUUCUGGAUGGUAGUGGCUUUUUAGAGUUUAGGGAGGAAAGUUAAGAGUUGUAGGUGUGAGAAGGGUUUUUGUUUUUUCGGAAUUGUGGAAUCGUGGAAAAGAAAAGAAAGUGGAAACAGGAGGAAAAUGUGGCUAGUUUAUGGCAUGUCUUACACCUGUAAAUAUCCUUGGGUUUACCAAUUAGUAAUCACCAAUGCUAUCUGGUGUA